AUGUCUUCCGCACGUAGCGAUAGUGCCGAGAAUGAUGAUCAUGAACGUGAAUUAGAGGAAGAAUUAGAAGAUUCUAUCAGUGAAUGUGCACCCUCAGAUGCCACUGAAGAGCAAAUGGAAAAUGACGACGACGAUAGAUCGGUCGAACCAAGCAUUCUUGAUGACUUAAGUGAACCGGACUUCGACGAAGUCCGUCAUGGUCGCAACUACGAUCAAGUAAAAGAUGCAUAUGAUCGUCAGCAGAGAUGCAUCGAAAUGCUGGUCGAUGAUAUUCGGGAGAAAAAACGAGAAAUUAGGGGUAAGAAUCGAGAACUUAAAGCGAAGACCCUCAAAAUUCAACAACUGGAGAAUCGUCUCGCCGGGAUUAGUGAGCCUCCUGUGCCAUGGAGCCAUCUACUAAGAGCAUACUUUCAGGGCGAAGUAUCAUAUUAUAGCAUACCCUAUCGCCAAUGUUGCAAACAGGAAAAUAUGUCGCAGAAACUAUACAUAUUCCAUCCUGACUUUUCACUUCAGGACGAGGAGAUUUCAAAAGAGAGGCGCGCGAUAGAAGAGAGACUAGUAUUAGAAGAAAGGCGCGCGCGGCUUCUGGCACUGGAACGAGUACACGAUGAAAGUGAUAUAGCUGAACCGGAGACUCCUCCUAUGUCUUACUUCCCAUUUCAAGAGCUUCCUUUGGAGAUUCAGGUGAAGAUAUUCAGGCAACUGUUUGUCAAGGGUACUCUUAUCCACUGCCUCUCUCGGUUGGACCCUUCAAACCCACCCGUUGCCUUCCCCGACAAGGAUGUCGAAGGUGAAAGUCAACUACCAACCAGAUUCCAUUUUGGCAAGUCGCCAUGUCAAAUAAUUCUAGCCUGCAAACCAAAUGACGUGCUCAAACCUUUACUGGUCUGCAAACGCUGGUACUUUAUCGGCGUCCAUGCUUUCUACGGAGCGAAUACCUUUGCGUUUAGCUCGCUCGGCGAAUGGCAUCGAUUUUGCAAUGGCAUUGGCCCUGCGCGUGUUCAGCGGUUAGUGAACGUCGAAUUAAUGUGGCAUGGAUCUUUGAUGCGUAGGCACGAGACCCGAAUCUCGCAACGUUCGCUCGGUCUCAAGUGGUUUACCAAAACGAGACGCCUUCGCACACUGGUUGUUCACAUAGCAGAAUGUGAUAACAGCCGGACAAGACGGAAAUAUGAGAUACAGAAGAGGAAGAAGAAGAACCGUCAGCAAGUCGACAACGACGGAGACCGGCUUAUCGAGGACCAGUCCGAUGGAUAUCAAUCAGAUGGAGACGAGUCUGACGGCAGCCAAUCUGAUGUAGAUCAAGAUUUGGACAAAGGGUUUGAUCCUUUCGAGACUAUGGUUCGCCGUACUCUUAGACACCCGAAUUACCGGAAGUUUCGAUCAAUGCGGACAGUUCAAGGGAUCGAUUAUCUCUAUCAACUACGAGCUAUGGAUUGGAUCCGCUUCAAAGAGCGUAACGGCCUCGAUCACCGCCAAUCGAUUCGGGAUUGGUCGUUCCUAAAAGACCUAAGCACCGUCGUAACUCUGCCGAAGCAAGAUGAUCUUGCGCUCAAGAGCCAUCUAGAGAAUCUAACACCUCUAACGUGUUUGGAAGAUUUUAUCCCGUCGGGGGAAGAUAUGCUUAUUAUUAAGACAUUUUACGACGAGACUCACAUCCUAGGCCCAGUAGGUGGUUCCGAAACGACUGGAUCAGCCAAUGGCGCAUUUAGCGAUACUGCUUCCUGGGGUGGCACUAGUAUCAGCGACUCGGAUGAUGAUGAUGAUGAUGAUAAUCCUCAAGACAGACAUGUCCCUAAUCUCCGAAACGCCCCCAAUGCGCCAGUUCCAGAAAUCAUAGAUUUAGAUUCUAAUCCCAACAGCGAUACUGAGCCUGAUAGUGACGAUGACGAUGAUGACGCCGGUGGCUUUGGUGUAUCAGAUGUGUCACAAAAUGCUACCACUAUCACGUUAGUUGGUGCUUCACAGCAGCGUAAUAACCGGACGCAAGGCGACGAGAGUGAAGGAGGCAGAAUGGAUAUUGAUGAUGAUGAUGGCAGUUCCAGCGGUCUAUUUGUUCGCUCCGGUUCAGGCUCGGGCAGUCCUCCAGCAGACCCAAUGGAGAUUGACGAUCCUACCGAGCAGGUAAAUCAUGAGGUGAUAGAUCUUACUGGAGACCAGUUUGAUGAUGAAGAUGAUGAAUCGUCACUUUUUGUUCGUUCCGAGCCAGAUACCGGGUCCGUAAAAAUAGAGCCCGAAGAUGACGACCCUAACGACUUAUAUCCUCGUGAGGAAACCCCUCCGGGUAGCGAUGAUGAAUCCGAUAUCUACCCCUAUCCUAUCCCCAGCGGUGCCUCUAACGCCAAUUCUUCACCCAGACAAUCGAGCGAAGGUGAAGCUCACUCUCAUGACGAGGGACAAGCGGCAAAACGCCGUAGACUAGGGUGA